GUGGUGUUGGCGCAAACUCCCGCCCGGAACACGGGCACAGACACACUGGUUUGUCAACACUGUCGCGCUGCGGAUUCUUUGUGUUUUUCUUUGAACAUUUUUGUCCUCCAGAAUGGCAGAAAACAAAGCGGAGUCGUGCGUCCUCGACGAUGUUGUUGUCAGCGAGGAGGAGAUGGAGAGAGCUCUGUGUGUUCUGAGUGGAAGCGACGCGCAAAACUGCUCCUAUUCCCGGGGUUAUGUGAAGAGACAGGCCGUGUUUGCAUGCAACACUUGCACUCCCAGUGCAGCAGAGCCUGCUGGGAUUUGUCUGGCCUGUGCCAAUAAAUGCCACGACGGACACGAUAUUUUUGAACUGUAUACAAAAAGAAACUUUCGCUGUGACUGUGGAAAUAGCAAGUUUGGGGAUUUCCAGUGCCAGCUGACGACCGCCAAAGACGACGAAAAUGCCAGAAAUCACUACAAUCACAACUUCAGGGGCCUCUACUGCACGUGUGACCGGCCGUACCCAGACGUAGACGACCGGGAGGAUGACGAAAUGAUCCAGUGUGUCAUCUGUGAGGACUGGUUUCAUAGCAGGCACCUGGGCUGCCCUGUAGUGGAACCUGAGGAGCUGCAAGAGAUGGUGUGUGAGGCCUGCAUGAACAGGACUCCCUCCUUAUGGACAUACGCUGCUCACUUUGCAGUGCCACCUGUUAUCAGCGUCAGUGGUCCAGAGAAGGAGAUGGAGGAGGAGGUGGACGUGGAGGAACAGGGUGAAACGGAAGAAGCCCAUGAGUGCAGUCAGAGUGCGGAUGAGGAACCGUCCACCAGUGAUGCAAAGCAGGAGGAAGUGGCGGACCGGAGUUCACCUUGUAAACGGACCCACGAGCAAAUGACGGGUGGCGCCGCCGCCGCCACCGCGAAGGCCGUGAGCAAGAGUGUGGCCUGCAGGCUAAAGGAGCUGCAGGUCCAGGGACUUAAGAGGCCAAGACAGGGAGCAGUGUUCUGGCCGUACAGCUGGCGCUCUGAGCUUUGCACCUGCACAAACUGCAAGAGGACCUACGUGGCCGCCGAGGUGCAGUUUCUCAUGGAUCAGUCCGACACCAUUCUGGCCUACGAGAAUAAAGGUUUGGAAGAGCCAUUUGGGCAGCACCCACUCGUGGCACUGAUGAGCUCCAUGGACCGCGUGCAGCAGCUGGAGAUCAUUUACGGUUUCAACGAGCUGACAACUUCAAUUCAUGCCCUCAUUGAUCAGUGUGCUGCUGAAGGAAAGACAGUCACAUAUGAAGCGGUCCAUCAGUUCUUCGAGGAACUGCGCGCCAGAAAGAGAAGCAGAAUGAAUGCUGGGUACCAGUAACGGGGAGGCCACGCUGCUGCCAUCAUAUGCAAGGUCCAUAUGGUGCUUACAAAUGAAUGUGCCAUAUGCAAGAUGACUCUGUCAUAUGCUGCAACUUCUUGAACUUGAAUAAUUAGCACAAAGGGAACUUGGAAAAAAAAAAAAAAUGCUACUUCUAGAUCUCUUUACUGGGGGGUAAGGAUUUUGAGUUUUGUUGCAGGUUUUUGAUGUCCAUGAACGGUGAUGCCUUAAACUUGUUCAUGAUGAACUAAAGCAAUGUUGUUUCUGCAAUAUGCUUUAAAUAGUCUUGCUAUGACACUGUUCAUUUUUGUGAACAUGUUCAGCCAUUUUGACUGGGAUAUUUACUGUACGUGUAUAUAUACCAGUGUGUGUGUGUUUACAUUGAAUGUUUUCCGACGGUUGACAGACUUGAUUGUAAAAAAACGAUGGGAGCUUAAUUUUGUGUGUUGUGAACUCAUGUUCAUAAUAAAGUUACCACAUCUGCAGUGCACAAACCACCCAAAAUGA